GCCAGGGUGACAUUUAGAACAGGACGAAAUCGAAGGCAUGGUUGUGCGUAUGCUGUGAGAGCUCGUGUCCCUUUAGUUUGUGUGUAGCUUUUUACAUAUUCAUAUGUAGCCAAGUGUACACGUUACAGAGCGCAAUGGCGUCGUGGAGCUGUCGGUUUCUUCUUCAGCGGGGAACUCGAAUAUUUUCUCUCCGGACAGCAGCUGAAAGUCCUGCACACGUGGCGGGUUGUAUUAGGACGGUAAAGACCACAACGUGGUUUGAUGAACACCUCACAGAGGACAACCAGGAGUACAUGAGAAAGAGCGCGGCGCAGGAAUACAGGCGACAAACAGCUGAUAAGCUCAACCCGCUCAAAGAUGAGCCUUGGCAGCGUCAAGAGUGGACACGGGGUAGUCGAAGAGUUGGGCUAGUAGCCGUAAAGUUGGGGAUGGCUCCUAUCUGGACAAAAACGGGCGAAAGACAUGUCGCCACCAUGUUACAGGUGCAGGACUGCCAUGUAAUAAAGUACCUGUCCAAGGAAGAAUAUGAUGGACACACCGCCGCCCUCUUGGUCGGAGGGAAAAACGUAUCACCAUUCCAUAGGUCUGAAGAGCAAAUGGAGAUGUUCCAGAAUGCGGGCGUGCCUCCGAAACAUAAAGUCACCACCUUCAAAGUCUCAGACAACGCCCUCAUCAAGCCAGGCACUCCUCUUUAUGCGGCACAUUUCCGUCCAGGCCAAUAUGUGGACAUCACAGCCAAAUCCAUUGGUAAGGGGUUUCAAGGCGUGAUGAAGCGAUACGGGUUCAAAGGUCAGCCAGCCACCCACGGCCAAACCAAAACUCAUCGCCGACCAGGAGCUUCUGGACCUGGAGGGGAUCCAGCCAAAGUUUUCAAAGGGAAAAAGAUGCCCGGCAUGAUGGGCAACAUCUUCGUCACAGCUUAUGGACUGAAGAUAUGGAGGGUCAAUACCAAGUAUAACGUGCUGUAUGUCAACGGCUCUGUGCCCGGCCACAAGAACUGCGUAUUGAAGGUAAAAAUAAUCAUAUUCAGAAACACUUGUGAUGUAUGAAAUCGAAGGUCAAUCCCAGCAUGCUUAGUGUUCUGACAGAGACAAGUGACCUUGCACCUGUAAAACUACCUUCACACCUGCAAGAUCCAUCUUCAUGACACUGUGCUGGAUCAGCAGCGUGUGUGUGUGUGUGUGUGUGUGCGUGUGUGUGUGUGUGUGUGUGUGUGUAUGUGCGUGUGCGUGUGCACACGCAUCUGUUUGUGUUUGUGUGUUCUUCUGUGAGGGAAUGGAAGUGCGCACCUUAAUGAUGUUAAUAAUAUACACAGCAUCCAUCUCCAUACUCGGCAGGUUGUGUUUGCCUUUUUGUGUGUGUGGACACACACUCGGCCUGUUAUUUGUUUUGCAGACAAGCGAUAAUGAAUACAAAUGUGCAUUGCAUUUCACCCAGCUCAGCUGUGUUACACACACACACACCCCUAGAUUCACUUAUAUUAUAUUGCCCUAAAGGGCACACACAUUAGAGCAGGUUAAUGUUUGUUCAUUGUUUAUUUGUAUUGUUCUGUGCAGCUCUAAUGACCCUCUGUAAAUGAAGAAUAGAUGUUUUAUUGAUUACAAUUUAGACUAAAGGCUGCAACAAAUAAUAACUUUCGUCAUUGAUUAUUUUUUUAUAAUGAAUAUGAUUCAUGUGGGAACUCAUAACAAACACUGAUCUUUCCCCAAUAUUGUUGGUAAUUGAUUAAAAUGUUAAGUUGUAACAAGAUUAUUAGUAAGAAUAAUGAUGUUGUGAAGAUUUGAAUCCUUGGUGACACCUGUACUCCUUCCCUUGAGAAUUCCUCGUGUUUAUCUGCAUUCAGGGCAGGAAUGGCAGCAUCUGCCACUAGCAAUAACGGCUACUAUGUAAAGAGGUAAUCACUCACUGUGAUGUUAUGUUGCCAACCAGGAAUCAAAAAUACAAAAACAUGAUUUGAUUUCUUGAAGGUUUUGCUGCUUCUGAAGGGGGGGCAUGACGGAAAACGUUUGAGAACUGCUGAUUAGAUUUGAAAAUAGAUUUUGGUAAAUGCCUGUAACACGUUUUCCAGAACAUACGGUAACAUCACCAAAGUGCCUGUUUUCUUCUACCAACUGUACAAAACUCAAAAGAUAUUUUAUUUAGAAUGAAAUAAAACACAGAAAAGCAGAGCAUCCUCACAUUUGAGCAGUUUUUGG